AUGGAUUUUGACUUAGAGCAGUUUUGUCAUGGUAUUCCCAAAAUUGAGCUUCACUGUCAUCUUUAUGGAACAAUUAGGAAGAAUACCUUUAUAGAUUUGAACAAAGCUGCAGGCUCACCGCUAAAUAAACAAGAAAUUGAAGAGUUUUACUUUCGUGGUGAAAAACCAAUCGGUGUACUUAGGAUCUUCAGAGCUUUAGACCAAUAUUUGAUUAGAUCACCCAACGACUUAUAUCGAAUUACUUCAGAAUAUCUCGAAUUUGCUCAUCUGCAUAAUGUUCAUUAUACGGAAUUUUUUUGGAACCCUACCGGAACCGUCAAGGUGUCGAAGAUUCCUUAUCUCGAUGCUACUAAUGGGAUAUUGAAAGCAAUGAAAGACAACGAACACAAGAUAAAAAGCCGAUUAAUUAAUUCUAUUGACAGAGAAGCUUCUUCCGAAUCAGCAACAGAAAUGGUGACUUGGAUGAUCGAGAAUAAAAACCCUUUGGUUAUUGGUAUUGGAAUUGACUACAGAGAAACAUUGGGCCCACCAGGUAAUUUCAUCGAAGCUUAUAAUUUAGCUAAAAAUGCAGGGCUUAAAUGUACGGCACAUGCCGGUGAAUUUGGUUGUCCUUCCUCAUACAUCAAGACGGCAGUUGAAGAUUUAAAAGUAGAUAGAAUUGACCAUGGAUAUACAGUUUUAGAAGAUGAGCUAUUACUCGAAGCAUGCAAAUUGAAAAAUUUGAUUUUCACAGUAGUUCCAUCAAAUUCAUAUUACUUGAGAACUCUCUCUCCCGACGAAUGGGCGAAGAAACACCCGAUUAGAUUCAUGAAAUCAAAAGGCUUGAAAAUUUUCCCAAACACUGAUGAUCCGGCUUUUCAUCAAGUCACACCUACCAAAUCCUGGAUGAUGAUGGUUGAAUGCUUCGACUACACUAUAAAUGAUUUACAAGAGUUUGUUCUCAAUAGCAUUGAAGCAGCCUGGUUAAACAAUGAAGAACUAAAAGAAGAAUGGAGAACUCGUUGCAAUAAUUACUUCGAAUCACAAAAGUCCGUACACCAAUAG